ACUUGUAGCUUGUAGUGUCUCGGCGUUCGCGAAGACUCGCGGGGAAACAACGUUGAGGCACGCAAGCAAGCAGCACUGCCUGCAUGGCAGUCGGAGUCUCUCUCGAAUAGGACUUGUUCUUUUCUGGAGUCGGUCUCUCUCUCUCUCGAGUCUUUCGCAGUUUCGUUCGGUGCUUCGGCGUGCCGGUCCACUGUAUACACUCGAAUCGUCAUUAGUAUUACAAUUAUAAUACAUAAUAAUUUGUGUGAGUGACGAGACACGACUCUACGUUUAGAUAUACAGCGCGCGACGACGUGUGACGCGUCAAACGGGAUAUAUACUUCACCUUUAAAACACACUACCCUAAACACAUACAGAACACGUUGCGUCUUUUCUUCGCUUCUCGCAUCCAUCUCUCUGCUUCUUUCUCGUUGGCGAACAGAGACGCGGGCGUUACAUAUACAGUUGCAUUUUCUCUCUCUAUUAAAAUCGGUCGAGCGUAGUCGAGAGGGUUAAAAAUCCUCACUUACUACCCCGCGAGCGUCGGCUGCACUUGUACUGCACACACAGCACGCGGCGGCGUCGGCAGCUAUCUAGUGUAAGCGCAGCGCAUACAUAUAUAUAGAGAGAGAGUAAAAGACGACGAGAGAGUAGUCGUAUAGUAGCUCUGCGCGUAUACGCACGCAUAGACGCACACGUACAUAAGCGCAGACACAUCCAUAUACCUCAUAUACACUUGCAUACAGGCAGCAGAGGCUGUUGGAUCGCUGCUGCUGCUGCUGCUGCUGCUGCUGCUGACAGAGCGCUGCACGCCACACGAUCGCUCCUGAGUCUAUCACCGAAGGUCGAGAAAAAAUGGAGGUCGAUCAAGCUGUUCCCCGGGUCGAUAUCGAUCUGGACAAAAAAGCCAAGGAAAACAGCAGUGCUGCUGGCAAUCAUGGAGAUGCACAAAUGAAUGGUAUGACAAAUGGUUAUGACCAUAAAAAAGAACACAAAUCUGAGCAUAAGGAUAGAGAUAAAGAAAGGAGUCAUAAGUCUGAUCAUAAAGAUAAAGACAAAAGUAAGGAUAAAGACAAGAGUCAUAAAAGUGAACACCGUGACAAGGAUCGAGAAAAAGAUCGGCACAGACAUAGUUCUAGUUCUCAUAGAGACAAGGACAAAGAAAAGCAUAGCAGCAGUAAGGAUAAAGAUAAGAGUAAAGAAAAAGAUAAAGAAAAGAAAAGUAGUUCUUCUGGGCAUAAAGAGCAUAAGAGUUCAACCAAAGAUAGGGAAAAGGAAAAGGAAAAAGAAAGAAGCAAAGACCAUAAAUCAAGCUCAAGUUCAAAAGACAAACAUUCAAGUAGCUCAAAAGACAAAGACAAGGAGAAAAAGGAUAAGGACAAACAUAAAGAUAGGCACAGUUCCUCUCACAGCUCUUCACGUGAUAAAGAUAAAAAGAAAGAAAAGAGCUCUGAAGACAAGAAACAUUCCUUGGAAAAAGAACGUCAUUCCACCUCUCAUUCAGAAAAAGAUAAACAUCGAUCUUCUGAAAAGGACAAAGAGAAACAUCGACAUGAAAAGGAUCGGGAUAAACAUCGCCAUGAUAAAGAUAAAUCUAAACAUCGUGAAGAGAAAAAAGACAAAAAUAGAGAGGACAAGAAAAAAAGUGAAUCUGGAACAAAAGAACUUAAUUCUUCCCAAUCUGAGUUUGAAACAAAGCCAACUAUUAAAUCAGAACCAGUAUCAUUCAGUCAAGAAUUUGAAAGUGAAGAUGAUGUUCAACGUUCAUUUACUACGGAACAUAAUGUUAAAACUGAAAUCAGUAUGGACACUUCUGACGCUAAUGAUACUAGACUGUCAGAUAUGCAUAAUACCACUAUUAAAUCUGAAGAUAAUUCUGACGAGGAUGUACCAUUGGUAAUGCUAAAAGCAAACCGUACAUCUGGCGUAAAGAGAAAAGUAGAAAGCUCAGAUGAAGAGGAUAUUCCCUUAUCAGCGCGCAAAAAGCCCAAGAAAGAACCCAAAAAAGAGCCAAUGAAAAAGAAGAGAAAGAAGGAAGAAAGCGAAGACGACGAUUUUGAUGAACCUGUAGAGAAAACUAAGAAAAAGCAUAAACCUAAAGUGAAAAAUGAAACAAAACCAAGUCCGAAAAAGACUAAAAAAGAAAAUGAAAAUGAACCUGAAGUGUGGAAAUGGUGGGAAGAAGAGAAGAAAGAUGAUGGCACUAAAUGGAAGUUUUUAGAACACAAAGGACCUGUAUUUGCCCCUGAUUAUGAACCUUUGCCCUCAAGUGUGAAAUUUUAUUACAAUGGCAAAGAAAUGAAGUUAUCUACUGACACAGAAGAAGUUGCAACAUUCUAUGCUCGAAUGUUAGAGCAUGAUUACACAUCGAAGGCAAUAUUCAACGAUAAUUUCUUCCACGAUUGGCGAGAAGUAAUGACUGAUUCCGAAAGAGCAAAAAUUACUGACUUAAAAAAAUGUAAUUUCACAGAAAUGCAUAAAUAUUUCAUUGCCAAGAGCGAAGAAAGAAAAGCUAUGUCUAAAGAAGAAAAGAAAGCUAUCAAAGAAAAGAACGAGGAAGUGAUAAAAGAAUAUGGUAUGUGUACUAUUGACGGACACAAAGAGAAAAUUGGAAAUUUCAAAAUUGAACCUCCAGGAUUAUUUAGAGGUAGAGGUGAACAUCCAAAGAUGGGUAAAUUAAAGAGAAGAGUUAACCCUGAGGACGUGAUUAUUAAUUGUUCCAAAGAUUCUAAGUAUCCUAAAGCCCCAGAUGGUCGCAAAUGGAAAGAAAUCAGACACGAUUCAUCUGUCACAUGGCUAGCAUCAUGGACCGAAAAUGUUCAAGGACAAGUUAAAUACGUUAUGUUGAAUCCUUCAAGUAAACUAAAAGGUGAGAAGGAUUGGCAGAAGUAUGAAACUGCUAGAAAGCUAGCUAAAUCUGUAGAUAAAAUACGAGAGACUUAUCGUGAAGACUGGAAGAGCAAAGAAAUGCGUAUUAGGCAAAGGGCUGUUGCACUAUAUUUCAUUGACAAAUUGGCUCUGAGAGCUGGUAAUGAAAAAGAUGAGGACCAAGCUGACACUGUUGGCUGUUGCUCUUUGCGGGUAGAACACAUUCAGCUAGUAGAACAUAAAGAUGGAAAAGAUUAUGUAGUGAUCUUUGAUUUCUUAGGUAAAGAUUCUAUAAGAUAUUAUAACGAGGUCCCGGUUGAGAAGCGUGUAUUUAAAAGUUUACAGCUUUUCAAAGAAAAUAAAUCUCCUGGAGACGAUCUUUUUGAUAGAUUAAAUACAACAGUUAUGAAUAAACACUUGAACGAAUUAAUGGAUGGCCUUACUGCAAAAGUAUUCAGGACAUUCAACGCAUCCUCUACACUCCAACAACAAUUAGAUAAACUUACAAAUCCUAAUGAUACUGUCGCCGAAAAAAUUCUUUCUUACAACAGAGCUAAUAGAGCUGUAGCGAUAUUAUGUAACCAUCAACGCGCAGUACCUAAAACUCACGAAAAGUCUAUGGAAAAUUUGAAGGCGAAGAUCGACGCCAAGAGAGAAGCCAUAUCAGAAGCUGAAGCUGCAGUAAAAUCGGCAAAACGCGAUGCUAAAAACGGCUCAGUCAAGGAAAAAGUUGUGUAUGAGAAGAAGAAAAAACAGUUGGAUAGACUGAAGGAACAAUUAACGAAAUUAGAAGUUCAAGCCACUGAUAGAGAAGAAAAUAAAGAGAUUGCACUUGGUACCAGUAAACUGAACUACCUCGACCCGCGAAUCUCGGUUGCAUGGUGUAAGAAGCACGAUGUGCCAAUAGAAAAAAUUUAUAAUAAAACACAACGAGAUAAAUUCAGAUGGGCAAUAGAUAUGGCUGGUCCUGAUUACGUCUUUUAAAUUUCAUGAAUGGGAAUAAUACUAUUCUACUCUUUAGUCAAUUUUAAUUUAGAAUAAAAAAAUGUCCGAAAUUUUUCUUCAUUAAAAUUUUGAACGUGUGAGUAAAUGAUGUGCACAGGCUAGAUAAAAAGUCAUCCCGUUAAUUAUCUCGAUAAUUAUCAUGAAAUAUCAUUAAAAAUAUUUAAAUAUUUUUUCGAAAUAAUAAUUCCUUGUAAAGUGUUUGAAAAA